CUCCGCUCGACGUGUCUUGCGAACAUUUUCGCACCCCCGACCAUCUUGCCCACAGCUCUUUGUCAUUCAUUCUCUUUGCGGUCAUGGAUUUUCCCCAAUAUCUUAACCCACAACCUGGAUUUGGCUUCACGCCUCUGCCUUUGCACCACUCUCCGGAUCAUGAUAUUGGUCAGCUGGGUGCCGGGGAGUGGCAGGACCAUGAAUCCGGCCGAUUCCAUGAUUUCGACUACUGGCCGAGUUAUGGUAGUCAUUAUUAUUCCGCAGCGGAAUUGUAUUACUACCUUCCCUAUCCUAUCCCCGGCGCUUGCCACCCAGGUCAAACUGUUCUUCACCCGCUUGCUGCUAUCGGAACGCCCAACGUCCUUCAGCUGGGCACCCACCAGCCGCCCGCACCUGAAAGUGAGCCUGUCGUACUCAUCCCGCAAACCGCGGGAGAACAGGUUAUUGUUCCCAGGCUUCCACAUCCAGGAGCCGGGCCGGGAACUGGAGCUGGGCCGGGAACUCAAGCCCGAACAAGAACAAAACGCAAGAGCACACCCCAAAAGCCCCGGGGUCAGGCCGGAGGUGUCAAUAAGCGAACAGGAAGCAGCGGCACCAGUUACCGAAUUGACUGGGAGAGAUGGAAACCACUGCUUUACGAGCUUUAUGUGAAGCAGAAUCUCUCAGCCGAGCAGGUAGAAACUGCCAUUGCCCUGAAACGGCUUAAGGUUUCGUACGUCUCUCUCCGGCCUCAUAACCAUUACCAACCCACCGGAUGCAUCGCUGACAUUGAUACGCCUGCCUGCCUGCCUGCCUGCCUAUCUAGGUACAAGACGUUGCAGAAGAAAUUCUGCAACAGCGAGUGGCCCGAGUUCAAAAAGAACAAGUCAGGUCUGCCUCCUGUCGAGGGACAGGCGCCCCGCCACCGCCUGGCCAAGUCUCUGCCUCCAAGCCAGGAGGCGCUCUCGAGAUAUAGACUCACAAGAAACUUUCUCCUGUCGUUUAUAGUCGCUGGAGACUCGGAAAACCCACGGCCAUGCUCAACGCCGCCCGUCACGCUCGAGGCAGACGCUUGUCGACACAUCGAGGACAUGCUGAGAUGCAUCGACAAGCUUGUCAAAGGAAUUUUCGACCGAAGAAAGUCUAGCAGCUCCUCUUCCUGCUGUGCCUCCCCGUCCUGGCAGCUUCUAUACGACAAGUGCCACGGCCUGGAAGGCAUCAGGGGCAUCACUGUGCAGCCCGGAAAGCUCUGGUUCCUGUGGCACCAGCUCCUCGACCAGCUGGGGAGCGCAGCGGCAACGCAGGCCCGGACCCCUGCUUUUCUCACCCAGUUCUGGAGAAUAUGCGCGUGCUUGCUGCACGUGCACCUCUUUGGUCGGAUCAAGUCCACCGCCUCUCUCGUCCUGCGGAUAUUUCUCUCCCGGCUGAAAACCCAUUUCCUGGCAACGAUGGGUAGGCGAGACGAUCUGGUAGUCCUCGUGGAAAGCCUUCUCGGGGUGCUGGUCUCGGCGCCCCUGCAUCUCAAGACGGCGCUCGGCAUUGGCUGCCUGGCGACCAUGGAUGGCCUGAGCCGCAUGGUGGGAUGCAGCGACGCGCUCGUCUUGAAGUUGGCCUCGUGCCGCUUCGAGCACUGGAAGCCCGACACGUCGUCGGAAGAGCAGCGCCGACUCGAGCUUUACAGGCCGCUGCUGGACGGCAUCAACGCCGCGUCCCCCACGCAGAGCGACAUUGAAGUCUUGUCCGACUUCACCGUGUCCCAACGAUACAGCAACCCGCAACAGGCGCCCCAGCACGCCGCUCGCCUCCACAAGCUCGCGCUGGAACAGUGCCGAGCGGCGCCACGGACCGGGGGGCUCAAAUACAACCAGAGCUCCCGAGCACUGGCAUACUCGGCCGAGCUGCUCGCCGUGUGCCAGCUCGACCGCAAGCCCGACCGCGACCGCGACCGCGACCGCAACCAGGCCUUCCAGCGGGUAGCCGACGCCAUCGAGCUGCUGCGGCGCGGCGAUCUCGAGUGCCGCGUCCGCGCGGCCCACCUCUCCAAGCGGCUGUCCAUCUGGUUCAAGGCGUUCUUUCCCAGCCGGGCGAAAACCAGCAGCUGGCAGCAGCACUCCAGGGAGAUGCAGCAGCGCCACGAGACCUGGGCAAUCUUGGCGCAGAUUGACGAGCUGGCGCCAGCUCAUAUGCAUGUGCCGCGAUUAGCGACAGACCGGAAUGCCGAGAGCAAAAGUAAGAACAACCGCUGGCGUAGAGUGGUGCGUGAGCGGCGGCAGACGGCUCUGCACGAUAUUGUUGCGGAUGGGAGAUCCACGGCCGUGGACGGGACGGCGGCGCCCACAGUCGUGAUCAUCAAGGGGCCUCGUGCUCCUCGAGUCGAGAAGGCGAGAAAGGAAAAGGGCCCAGCUCAGACCCCGCCCACAAACUUGAAUAGAAGGUGCGAUCACUGCGGGCAAUCGUUUGUGUCCCGGAACAUGCUCUUUCGGCAUCUGGAGAAGCGCUGUGCUGAAACCCACCCGUGGGCGUUGGUUUAGGAGGACAAGGAUGGCGACGAGAUUGGAUUUAUGUCGGAUCUAGAACAUUAGCUGCAAAAUAUGGUUCGCCGCUGCCUUGGUCGCUAGAUUAUCUUCUUGUAAACUGUUAAAGUAUGGCUGGUUACUAUAGCUAUAAGGCCCCGAAGUGCAGGGCACUAUAGCGGUCGUGUUGGUGUGAUCAGUGCUG